UCUGCCAUAUGAAGAAUCCCGACCACCUAUCUGUUUGAUAUAGAUCUCAUUAUAAAACGAAUGAAAUUAAACAGUGAUGCAUUUGCAGUCAAACAGAAUAUCACAAGCCUCUGGAACAGUGAUUACAAACAGUCAUGAUUUGUCGCUGUACUCUUUGUCGGGGGCGUUGUUAGAACACAACAUUUCUUUGUCAGAGUUAAAAAUACAUCAAGAUAGAAAGACUGUGAACGUGAAAGAAGUAGAGAACGUGGCUGAAGAUUUCGGUGACGGUUUGUUAUCUGAGGUUUGCGUCAAGGUGAGUUACUGAACAAUACUGAAAGGCUUGCUAACGCCGACGACGUAAUUUCCAGGGAAAAAAGAAGAAAGUCAAGAAGUGAAAUAUACUGUUCAUUGAAAGACAUUUAUUAACUUCACCAGUGUAAGACUUUGAAUUGUGAAUGAGUGCUAUCAACCAUUUUGGUUACAAAGUCAUCUUUUCCUUUAGGAAACUUGAACUGAAAUCUCCACAUUGAGUCAGUUAGGAGUGUAUAAGGAAAACAAAAAGGAUUUACUGAAGCGAAAGUGAGAGCUUUGUAAAAGCAACAGUGAAAACAAACAGUUCUCCAUUCAGAGUAUUAUUCAGAGGAAUAUCAAUAUUCAUCAAGUCAAGGCUUCUAAAAAUUUCAAAAUUAUAUUGCCGGUAAAUAAAAUGACCAACAACAGCAGUUCCACAGGUUUCGGCGAAAUGGCAUCUUCAACCGCCGACCAUAUCAUACGAGUAACGUGGCUAUCCAUCGUGUUUGUUUUCGGGGCCGUUGGAAAUCUCCUGUUAUUUGCAGUGAUUUUACGAAAGGGGAGAAUCGCGAACGUUGCCAAUCUGUUCAACCUGAACUUAGCUUUGAGUGACGUGUUGCGCAUCAUCGUGUUUGUACCUGUUUAUCUGGCUUAUUCCGCGCAAAACGAAUGGCCCAAGUUAUUGGGAAAGGCUGGUUGUAAAGGGAUGUUCAUGAUUGUCCAGAGCAGUUUGACGGUAUCCAUAAUAACCUUGAUGUUUAUGAGCCUAGAACGAUAUCAGGCUGUAGUGCAGCCGCUGAAAAAACAGAUGAAUAUGAAUAUUGCCAAGUACGUUGUGGUCCUUUCGUGGUUUCUCGGGUUACUUACUAGCAUCUGGUUUGCCUUAUCAAUCUCGCUUGGCAUGACAACAGGUAAUCGACGUACUUGCAAUAUUGGGGCAAAAGACUUCUGGAUUAAGCAAACGCUUCUGUUGCUUAUCAUAGGAACACAGUGGCUUCCUGGAGGAGUUUUCACCGUAGCGUACAUAAAGAUUAUUCUAAAGCUACGUAGAGACUCCGUAAUAAAUCCAUCUGAUGUUUCUCAAAGCUCGCAAAAUCGCCAUCGGCGGAACAAGAGAGCGGCUCGCAUCUUAGUCAUUGAAGUUCUUUUAUUUUUAUGUUUUCUGUAUCCUUUUUAUCAGUACAGUUUGGCCUGGAUUCUGGGGUCUGGUGACAUCGUUAGUCCCUUAUCUGGUAAAGGGAUGGUCAUUUAUUGCCUGAUGAUGUCGUAUUCCCUUAUUAACCCCAUUUGUCAUAUUGCGUUAAACAGCGAGUGCAGACGUGAGAUUAUUAAGAUGAUCUGUCAGUUCAAAGGUCGUUGUUGCCGCGCGAAAAAUCGGGCUGGCGAUUGUACGCAGUGUCAUGGACCAUCGUGGCGUGAGAAACAACAAGGAAUGCAUCUCGCCACAGAAAGAACAAAAACUGUCACGGAAAUAUGACAUCUUAAGCCACCUGAAUUCUAAAAGAUGAACGACAUCAAAAUGAGGAGAUACUCGUUAGAAUUUGUCUAAAGUAAGAUGACGGUUGGCCGAUUUCACGAGAUAAAUAGAUAGAUAUUAUUUCCUAAGCUAAUAAGCUCUCUGACUGAACCAGCCAGAGGGCAAAUUUUGUUGGGUUCCACCGAGCACUAAA